GAAGCGGUCGCCCGGUGAAGCUGCACGCGGGUCCGCUCCUCUGCACCGGCAGCAUGGCUCUAAACGUCCCGGGUCUCAUAGCCACCAUCGUCUUCUACCUGCUGGUGCUCGGCAUCGGCAUCUGGGCAUCCAUCAAAUCCAAGCGGGAUGAGAGCAGGGUCCAGGCGAACCAUGCGGACAUGGCUCUGCUGGGGAACCGAGACAUCAGCCUCAUCAUGGGGAUCUUCACCACCACCGCUACCUGGGUGGGCGGGACCUUCAUCAUCGGCACGGCGGAGACGGUCUACGAUCCAAAUUUGGGGCUCAUCUGGGCCGUGAUGCCUUUGGCAGCAUCGGUGGCCUUCAUCACUGGCGGUUUUUUCUUCGCUGAGCCCAUGAGGGACAGGAAGUACGUGACCAUGAUGGACCCUUUCCAGAUCAAAUAUGGAAACACACUGAGUGGACUUCUGUCUGUGGCGCCGCUGAUGUCCGAAAUCAUCUGGGUGACGUCAACGCUGAUAAGCCUGGGAGUAACUAUGAGUGUGAUCCUGGAUUUGUCCUACGCUGUGUGCAUCUGGAUCUCUGCUGCCGUGGCCAUCACCUACACCCUGCUGGGAGGCCUCUACUCUGUGGCCUACACUGACGUCAUUCAACUCACGCUCAUUUUUGUCACCUCGUGGCUGUGCGUCCCCUUCCUCCUCACGAGUCCCACCUCCGUUGACAUCACCACCACAUCCUUCAACCACACCUUCCAGUCUCCCUGGGUCGGCUCUCUGCCUGCUGACAAAGCCUGGAGGUGGAUCGAUAUCUUUCUGCUUUUGAGUAUCGGAGACCUCGGUUUCCAGGACUUCCACCAGAGGACGUUAUCAGCCUCUUCCUCCACCACGGCUAAGUUGCGAUGCUACGCUGCGGCAUUUCUCAUUCCUACGUUUGGGAUUCCUCCGGUGAUCAUCGGGGCAGUGGCUGCAUCGACGGACUGGAACCAGACUUCCUAUGGUUCUCCGCCUCCGUUUGAACGAGGUCAAACAGGUUUGAUUUUACCGCUCUCCCUGCAGUACCUAACCCCGCCCUACAUCUCAGUCAUCGGCAUCGGAGCAGUGGCAGCUGCCGUGAUGUCAUCAACUGACUCCGCCCUGCUGUCUGCAGCCUCCAUCUUCUCCUCCAACAUCUACUCCAAGAUCCUGAGGACAAAGGCAUCAGAAAACGAGAUCCGGUGGGUGAUUCGUAUUUCGGUGGUAGUAUUCGGCCUUGCCGGCACAUCGCUCACCUUCCUGCACAGGGGCGUCAUGGCUUUCUGGGUCCUGGGCGGAGAAAUCGCCUACAUCUUGAUGUUCCCACAGCUGGUCUGCGUGCUCUUCAUCAACAUGUCCAACGGUUACGGAGCCACAGUGGGCUUCCUGGGUUCGUUUCUGUUGAGACUCUUGAGUGGAGAGCCUUUGCUGGGAAUACCACCUGCCAUCCAUUUCCCAGGAUGCACCCUGGAGGACGGGGUUUACGUUCAGUAUUCCCCCAUCAGGACCAUCUGUAUGCUGGUGGCUUUUGUCUUGAUAUUGCUGGUGUCCUACCUGACUUCUGUGCUCUUCAACAAAGGACUCAUACCUGAGAAGUGGGACGUAUUUCAAGUUAAGGGUGCAACCCAUAUACAAAUCCCAAUGAAUGGUGCUACCUCUAAUGGAAACCUUAACUCAGUACCUCCUUGUGAGAAUGGAGAUGCCUCAGAUCCAAUGCUGGAAGCAAAAUGCUGAAAUUUGCCAAACUACUUCACCUUGUAUCUAAAACCGGACACUAAAAAACUGUAUCACCUCACAUCACCUUGUAAGGGUAACUCCUAAUGUUUUGCUUCAUUAAACGCCUUUGAUUGGAGCAAAAGUCUUAACUGAGCUUAACUGUGUAUGUUAAACUAAAACGGAGCAUUUUCUGUCAGCUCAGACUUUAUCAGCAGGAGAGGACUCUUUAAAGUAGAGACACUACAUACUGAUAUACACCUGAACAUCAGCAGGAGAGGACUCUUUAAAGUAGAGACGCUACAUACUGAUAUACACCUGAACAUCAGCAGGAGAGGACUCUUUAAAGUAGAGACACUACAUACUGAUAUACACCUGAACAUCAGCAGGAGAGGACUCUUUAAAGUAGAGACACUACAUACUGAUAUACAGCUGAACAUCAGCAGGAGAGGACUCUUUAAAGUAGAGACACUACAUACUGAUAUACACCUGAACAUCAGCAGGAUAGGACUCUUUAAAGUAGAGACUCUACAUACUGAUAUACACCUGAACCUCAGCAGGAGAGGACUCUUUAAAGGAGAGACACUACAUACUGAUAUACACCUGAA